AUGGGGCAGUGGCUGUCGCCGGCAAUCCAGCGACACAUGCUGCAUCCGCCAUUUGCUGUCCACCGACUGUCUAAGACAGAAGUCGUUGCACUACUCGAGGUUGCUUCAGAAGUGCAGUACGACAUGUCGAAAGCAAGAAAGGGCGAGAAACUCCAGUCUCUUGCCGGCAGCAUUAAUGCGGAUAUAGACGGCUUCGGCAAGAACUCCGCCCAAGGGUACUUUGUUCGCAUGAGCCACUGCAGCCCCAAAGAUGCCGAUGCAGGAACGCUGCGGCCUGUGUUUACGAUCAAAGACGCCCUCGUCAAGCUCGUGUCAUCGGAGCGAACAGUUCAAGUCCUCCUGAAUCUAUACUACGAGUAUCAGCACGCUGAUGAGAUUCCCGAUCCCCAGCUCUUCUUCUUCCCAUACCACGCCGACGUCGAUCGCCUCAGCGAAUGGCGAUGCUUCAUCGACAAAACCAGGGUAGUCGCAAUCAUUCAGAGCAAGUUCUACCAGUGCAACCAUCCAGCAAUCACGGACGAUGCGCUCCGAUCUCUCGCGAUGCAAAGCCCCGACUCCGUCGUCGGCUUGAUUGAGAUCAACCCAUGGGGCGCGCAUGCGGGAUCCGGAAGUUUGCUGUCCCACUGGUUGGACGAUGCCGAUAUCCUCAACCGCACGGGGUCGGAGUCGGAGCCGGCCGUGGUCAUCAGACUCAUGGAAGAAGGCAAAUCGCCGGUGGUUUCACGCGACGAAGCCUACCGGAUCGGGCGGGAACGAAUCAUCGAGGAUGAGCUACGCUGCCUGAGAAAGCGCGGCAUGGAAUGGAUUUUGGGGGAUGAUGCGCAUGCAGAGUUCAUGGAGCUGUCGCUGCCCGCUGCCUAUUCCAGGCCCACGACAAGAAAGGAUGGGCUUGAGAUGUUCCGACGGAAAAGGGCAGUCGACGACAGGAUAGGCGACGGCAAGAGGUCGGCCGCAAGAGACCACCCUCGACUUAUCAAACUUAAAAGGGCAUCACUGCAAGGUCAACAAGAAUAA